AUGGCGAACCUGUUGAUUCCUGUUCUAAUGCUCGCGGUGUUCGGAUGUGGGCAAGUGCUCUCAUCGGGCUGGUUCUGUGCUAUCUGCACUGGAAAGGCUAACUACAACCAGUUGGUCGACGGCUGUUUUGGUGAAAAAAUGAGUCUGGCCUUCUGUGACGACAAAGCAUCUCGUGGCUGUUACUCUGAAUUAAAAAUAAAUGUAAAAAGUAAAACUGUUGAAAUCGAGAGAGGAUGCACGCAGAAAGAGGAACAGAAUACUUACACCACAGUGAACGGAGAUGUCUAUUCAAUCAAAAGAUUUUUCGUUGAGUUGGGAAGCAAUUGUAACUCUGGAAACUGGCAAUUCCUUGGCCACGAACUUACAAUUGAGCAGAGAAAAGAAUAUGAAGCAGCUGUCAAAGAUUGGAAAAAUUCAGGCUGCGAUUGGGAAAAAUGGGAGGCCUAA